CACUUUUGCUACUCCUCUAGCUGCUUUCCAUCCAGGGAUUGGUAUGGUCAACAUUGAUCAAAAAGUCAUGACUGAGGCAGAUCAUCAUCUCAAGGACAAGGUAGAUUUGGACAUGGAGGUUGGGGAAAAAGGUCCAGAUCCCCAUCAGGAUCAUAUUGUGGAGAGUAUGGACAUCACUGCUGCUUCUCAAAUCUUGGUACAUGGGAGAGAUGGAGAGUAUUUGUUGGACAGAUGCAUGUGGCCUAAACUGUUGCUACCUGGUGAAAAGGAAAUGCAAGAGAAUGAAGAGGGGGAAGGUCUUACUCAAGAAGACUCACUGUUAUCUACAACUGAGAAUAUGUCUGAUCUCCACUUUACUCAAGACAUAGGUCAAAAGAAGAAUGGAUGUGCUGAAGAUUUAAUGGAUAAUGCUUCAAUCAUUGACAAAGAUAGUGAGGGUGAAAAUGGGGGUCAGGGAUGGCAAGCUUCUAAAGUCAGAAAAGCCAGGAAACCAAAAAGGGUGGUGAUGGCUACAAGGACAAGUUCUAGAGUUCCAAGGGAUGGGGUCCCAAUUGCUACGAAAGCGGCUCAGAGGGUUAUGACUAAGAACACAAGAUCAGAGAUGGUUACUGCCCUUAAAAGAUGCUGAUAAAUGGAAGGUAUCCCAGGUGAAGAAUAUGAUGCUACACUGGUUGAGAAGCUUUAAAGCAAGCGCGGUGAUGCCUACGGAUGUCUUUGAAAUUUGAAUGUUUUUGUUAAAGGCUAGCUAAGUGGCUCUCUUCUUUUUUGUUGGUCUUUUGCUUGUUUGAGACACUGGUUUCCCCAGUUUUGUAUCCAAAACAUGUUGCUUUCUAUAAAAAGCAGAGGUUUCUCUUUAAAAAAAAAGGUAUGCUAAGAUAAUGAUACCUAACUUGGGUAUCUCUUUUGCAUGCACGUAAUCCCUUCUUUUGGACUUUACUGGUAGUAUAACACUAAAUUUUUAGUUUGUAUUUUUCCCCCAUAUG